GAGAGCAGACGUGUGGAGAGUGGGUUUGGUUUUCACGCUGCAUACUUCUUGUUCAAACCACAGAAACAGAAAUACUUAAAAGGGCUUGGGAAAUAUGACAUCUUUCGACCCCACAGACCACCAACACAUACGUUUUAAUCCACUGAAGGAGGAAUGGGUGUUGGUGUCCCCACAUCGUAUGAAGAGGCCGUGGGCAGGCCAAGUGGAAAAACCUGAGGAAGAGAACAUCCCGAGACAUGACCCAAAAAAUCCUCUUUGCCCUGGAAACACUCGGUCUAGUGGCAAGGUCAAUCCAGACUACGACGGGACCUUUGUAUUUGAUAAUGAUUUCCAAGCCUUACUAGAGAGUGUGCCGGAACCUGAGAAGAACGAUGACCCACUGUUUCAGUCGGCAUCCGCACGGGGAAAGUGUCAGGUGAUGUGUUUUCAUCCCCACACUGACGUCACUCUCCCCAUCAUGUCCCAGGCAGAGGUCCGAGCUGUCAUCGACAAGUGGGCUGAAAUCAACACUGACCUUGGUAAAAAGUUUGAAUGGGUACAGAUUUUUGAAAACAAGGGUGCUAUGAUGGGCUGUUCUAAUCCACACCCACACUGCCAGAUUUGGGCGAGUUCCUUUAUACCUAAUGAGCCCUCAGUAAAAGACAGAACACAGAAGAAAUAUAUGGAGAAAUACAAACAACCUUUACUGCUGGAUUAUGUAAAACAGGAGCUGGAAAAGAAGGAGAGAAUAAUUCUACAAAAUGAACAUUGGGUGUGGCUAGUACCUUAUUGGGCAGUCUGGCCUUACGAGACAAUCCUGUUACCUCGACGACAUGUACUCAGAAUACAGGAUCUCACAGAUCUGGAAAGGGAAUCUCUCGCCGACAUUAUUAAGAAACUGCUGUCCAAGUAUGAUAAUAUGUUUGAAAUUUCAUUUCCUUACUCCAUGGGUUGGCAUGGUGCGCCGACAGGUAAGAUGUACGAGAAGGAUAACCAGCACUGGCAGCUACAUGCACUGUACUACCCUCCAUUACUGAGGUCAGCUACAGUGAAAAAGUUCAUGGUCGGCUACGAGAUGCUGGCUCAGUCCCAGAGAGAUCUGUCUGCUGAACAGGCUGCAGAGAAGUUGAGAAACCUAUCGGAUAUCCACUACAAACUUCAGACUAACAAGGACAAGGAAUAGACGAACAAUUCUGUCCGGGUGGUGUUACUACUACAGUGUGUCCUAAAUUCCACAAGCCUCUAGUUUUGGUGCUACUAUAUCUAGGAAAUGGCUUAUAUUGUAAACUAUCGUUAAGUUUAAUGAGAUUUUAUCAAGUUCUGUAGGACAUUGGUGUUUAUAUCGAGACAAAGUGUUUUGUUUGUCUUUAAGGGCUGUUCCAAAAUUAUCCAUGUGGGAUGUGUGGGAGGCAAUUCUUCUGAGACCAUCACCAUCCGUCAAAUAUCAAAACAUAUUUAGUAUAUAGAAUACUAGAAAAAUGGGGUUUUUCCCCACCAUCAAAUUUUAAUACAGGUGCCUCCUUCCCUCCCACACAGUUAUUUCUGGAAUAGAUUAUCAGGGAUAUUCCAGUAAAAUGUAUCCUACAGGAGGACACCGGAAAUGAGGAAAUUCUAUACAUGGAGGGCUUGGGAGAAAAUGUGUCUUAUUAUAUGUACUGUUUAAUUCACUUCUAUUUCUGUGGUUCCUGUUUGAAUUCUCCCCUUGGUUAGAUAGUUUAUUGGAACAUCCCUAAAUUUUAGUUCCUAUGUCUUUUUUCAUCAUAUAACAUGAUCUAGUAAUGAUUAUCAUAUAAAAGAUAUAAGAGUACACAUGUACAAGACUCAUGCCCAGGAUUAGAGGAUGAUAGGAUCGAUUCCCUCUGAAGAGUAUUCCAAUGGAUUUACCCAAAUUUAGAAAUUCUGGGGGCAUGAAAGAGUCUCAUUCUGGUGAAAAGAUUCUAAAAUGCUACAAAAGGAUCAACUUGAUACUUCUCCUUUUUUUUGACAAAGCAAACUGAUCUGUAAAAUAGUCUCACAUUCUUCCAGAUGUAAUACCUUGCAUACAAUUUAUUGUAAAAGAGGUCUGUAUUAUGAUUUUCUGAAAACAAUAUGUGCAAUAACACUAUUGUGAUGUCAUAACUUCAUGACACCUUUCUGUUGUCUCAAUAAUGGAAAUGUCUAUUUUAUUGAAAAUACAUUUAAAGCAUACUUCUCAAGUUGUAUUAAUAAAUAAGUGUAUAACAGAAAUGUUACUGUGGAACCUCAACUGAAAGGGGAAGAGAAUCACUCAUAGUGAUAGAUAAAAUCUAGUACUGGUGUUUGAGUAAUAUGCUUGUGAAUAGCUUUGGUUUCUUUUUUGGAUGUAGAUUUCAAAUCAAUGUGAGUGAUAAUAGAAUCUUUCAUCCUCUUGAGGCUGAGUGUUUGGCAGCUUAAGAAUCUUACCCCAAGGGUUGAGACCUCUCUGUCUCAUUCUCAAGGGGCUGAUUAAUUAUUUUUCUCUUACUCUGUGUAAAAGGAACGGGUUGAUGUGGCUUGUACUGUGCUAAAUAUGGUCUCUGUCACUGUUGAUGGAGCAUGCUUCUUUGGCUCAAUAGGUAGAGUCGUUCACACCGGAGCCGGGUUUGAUUCGUGUCAGGUCACUUGACAGGAAUGUAUUUUUCACAUUGACACCCAAUUAAAUACCAUGUUGGUGGUAUUGAGAGUCUCAGGUUGAGAUUCGGGUAAAUCUCCAGAAAAAUAGGGAGUAGUCAAAAAGGAACGGGUCGGUGUCCCUUAGCUGACAGAGCAUGCUUCUUUGGCUCAUGAGGUAGAGCUGUGGCUUAUCACACCGGAGACCCGGGUUCGAUUCCUGUUGGGCACUUGUAAUGAAUGUGUUUUUCCCACCCUGUUUACCCUGAGUGAGUGCUAUGUAUCAAAUAUUGACAUUACACCAAUGAAAGACAAUGUUGAUGUUAAGUGAUUGAAUUGUUUCAGCAAUGUCAUACAAUUGUGAAAAAUGUGCAAAGAGCAUUUAUAUCUUGUCUCAACCCUAGGGUGAGGUAAGAAAAUCUUACAUCAGUAAAAUGGUGGAUAUCUCUGUCCAUGGUAAGAGAAACUGUUCUCACAUACUUCACAGGGUUAUCCGGCGGUUGCUAGGAAAAAGAUAAAUCGAUCUUACACAGGGUGGGUAAAGACAGCCGACACGCGCUAUAUGACGCUGCUCACAAUAACGUAACGUCAUCAUUUUACGUUGAGUAACCAAGUCAUAAAUGAUGACAUCAUCAAUUUUGAUGCACAUUCCAAGAAGCAUUGAAGAUGGCGCGAUGAAAAACUUCCGUUUUAGUAUGUGAGAAAAAUAAUCAAUCGUGGGUCUGUUCCGCGAACAAGGAUAUCUCAACCCUCGUGUAAGAGUUUGGCUGGCCAGCACUCUGCAAGCCUUAUGCUUACUGGCCAAACUCUUACACUCGGGUUGAAAUAUUCCUGUCCACGGAAUAGACCCAUGAUAGAUUCUAUUACUCUCUUUGUUGACACAUUUGGAUGUAAAAUGGUAAACAUUUCAAAUAUCAUGCCAGUUAGUGAUAUGUAUUAUUGUUUAUUUAUUUUGUUGUAUUUGAAUCUCACACCAGAGUUUAAAUGGAGGACAUAUCUGAUGAAUAAGUGUAGGAAUUUUUUACCACAUUUUAUCUGAAGAUGCGAAAAUUAAUCAAGGCCUCGAGAUUAUUGUAUUCAUGUAUUUUACUAACCAGUGACAAUAUGUAGUCACAAUUAAUAUACCGAACUUAAUCAAAUCUUGUACAGCAUUAUAAUCUAAGUGGAAUGAUUGUACUUUGAAUUUAAAUUGUUAUUUUGUUGGGAUGAGAUGUCAUCAUUUAGAUUAAGUGUUAGUCUGUGUCACAGAUACAGGAAUAGUGUGCCUGGAUUUGGGAUCAAACACUCUGCUGCUGUAUCUAUCAAGGUAAAGGGAAAUUUCAUCUAGUGCAAAUUAGAAGGUGACUGUAUACAUAUUAACGUUAUAUAAAUCAAAACCACCCACACAUUUAUGGCUUACAGUCGCUGUUUUUCAUGAGGAUUUUAAUUAAUAUCACACAUUGAUGGCUUACAUUUGCUGUUUUUCAUGAGGGUUUUAACUAAUAUUAUAUUUUAUGGAUUCAUUGUCUAUAUUUCAAUACCUUAAGAACAGAGCAAGGGAAAGAGAGACAGUGAAAGGGAAGUGAGACAGAGAAGGGGAAAGAGAGACAGAGAAGAGAGACGGUGAAGGGGAAAGAGAGACAGAGAGAGAAGGGGAAAGAGAAAGACAGUGAGGGGAAGGAGAGACAGCAGGGGAAGAGAGACAGAGAAGGGAAAAGAGAGACAGAGAAGGGGAAAGAGAGACAGAAUGAGAGAAUGAAUAAAUAGCAAUGGUAGUGUUGGUAGGGAAGUUAUGUUCUUAGAAGAUUCAAUUAUAAAAACAGGUGUGUUUUAUCCAAAAUGUCCAGUCUUUCUGAAAUGAAACCACAGGACUUUUGUCAUAAUUGAAAUUUUUGAUGAAAUUACAAUUUUAUGUGUAGAUAUAAAUUUAAGAUAUAAAUACAGUGUAUAAAGAAAAUCCAUGACUGAUUCAAAAUUAAAUUUGUUGUGAAAUGGCAAGAUGCUUUCAUAAUUGUAUAUACCAUUCUCUGUUUUAGGUAUAACUUAAAACAUUGAACUAUUUUACUAUAAAUUAUUUUGAAAAUUUGAUACCAUAUACAUGUACAUUUGUGAAUCUCUUGACUGAUUCAAGAUUACAUUUGAUGUGAAAUGGCAAAUGCUUUCAUAAUUGUAUAUGCUAUUCUCUAUUUUAGGUAUAACUUAUAACUAUUUUAUUAUAAUUUAUAUUGAAAACUUUAUAUCACAUACAUUUGUGAAUCUGCUGCUGUUGUAUAUAUCAUGGUGUGGAUUCAGUAUCUCAGUGUAAAUAUGCUAUUUGUUCCUACCUCCAACUGUCUCAAAAUAUAGGGUGUAUUUAUUGUUUAUCAACCAAAAUUAUUCUGACAUUUAUCAACUCUUUAUAUAGGUCUUACAUAGAUUAUGCGACAUGCCAAGACCGAUUUUGAAAAGUUGAUAAAGGGUAAAAUAAUUCAGAUUUAUCAUUUCUUUGAAACUUUAUAAAGCCUAGCCUGGGAAAUGUGAACCAGAAAAUUGUAAAUUUUACAAUAUAGUUGAUAGGUACAUAUUGUUUAUAAGAACAUUUAAUACAUGUAGCCAGGGAUACCUGUAUGUUAUAUCAAGGUUAGUAAGUAGACACUAUGUUACACCUGCCUUUCACCUAGGCGGCUCAGGGUCAGAUUCUCCGAUCACGUGAAAUGGUAUAUGGGUCACCUGCCUUUGACCUAGGCGGCUCGGGUCAGAUUCUCCGAUCACGUGAAAUGGUAUAUGGGUCACCUGCCUUUGACCUAGGCGGCUCGGGUCAGAUUCUCCGAUCACGUGAAAUGGUAUGGGUCACCUGCCUUUCACCUAGGUGGCUCGGGUCAGAUUCUCUGAUCACGUGAAAUGGUAUGGGUCACCUGCCCAAUCACAUUGGUUUUCCCCGGUACUCUGGUUUCCUCAUGUGGUACCAUCCAGGCCAGCAUGAGAGAUAAGUUGAUAUAACUUGUUUGUUAAAUAGAUAAACUUUAUUUUUAUACCCUGUUCACCUUCAAUAUAGAUGACAAUAACAUUGCGUCAGUAUCUAUGACGAGGUACUAGGUACCGGUAUCUAUGACGAUGUACUAGGUACCAGUAUCUAUGACGAGGUACUAGAUACCAGUAUCUAUGACGAGGUACUAGAUACCAGUAUCUAUGACGAGGUACUAGAUACCAGUAUCUAUGACGAGGUGCUAGAUACCAGUAUCUAUGACGAUGUACUAGGUACCAGUAUCUAUGACGAGGUACUAGGUACCAGUAUCUAUGACGAUGUACUAGGUACCAGUAUCUAUGACGAGGUACUAGGUACCAGUAUCUAUGACGAGGUACUAGGUACCAGUAUCUAUGACGAGGUACUAGGUACCAGUAUCUAUGACGAUGUACUAGGUACCAGUAUCUAUGACGAGGUACUAGGAUACAGUAUCUAUGACGAGGUACUAGAUACCAGUAUCUAUGACGAGGUACUAGAUACCAGUAUCUAUGACGAGGUACUAGGUACCAGUAUCUAUGACGAGGUACUAGAUACCAGUAUCUAUGACGAGGUACUAGGUACCAGUAUCUAUGACGAGGUACUAGGUACCAUAUUCAACCUAAUGAUCCCACCUGUACCUGUACUCCCACCCCAACCGGUAUUUAUGUGAAAGAUGUACCUAAUUAAAACUAACUAAUUAAAGCCUGUAACAGGAUUGCUUACCUCACUGAUCUGCUUUAUGUAAUGCACAUGAUCUGCAGACUUUUAUCACUUUUCCAGAGAAGAAAACCUUACUUACUUAAUUGUUUCAAUAAAUCACACACCAUUUGAAUUCAAAAUAUAAUUGAACACAUGUUCUUCUGUUCAUUUUCCCCAAUGAUGUCGACUGAUUCAAAGUAUAAUUUGGGGAGAAGAAUUCUAGAAUUGGAUACUUGCAUACUGUAAUCUGAUUUGAGUUUUAUCUUAUGCAUGAUUAAGUAUGAACCAUGGCCUUUAUAUCAUACUGACUUUUAUGAAAUGAUUGUUGUUAUGUAGUUGAUUUUUAAAUAUGUCAUUUUUAACAUCAGGACUAGAUGUUUAGCAUGAUGUCACAUUUUCAUGUCAUCAAAACAUUAUGGUAAUUCAUGUAAAUUAACUGUUAAAGAAUUUGUAUAAAUGGCAUCAUACAACAAUUCCUUUUAGCUCAUCUGGUCCAAAGGACAGGUGAACCCAUGUUGUGGUGCAUCAUCUGUCAUCCUUCAACUUUUACUAAGAUUUGCUGCUACUUGAACUACUGUGUGGAUUUUGUAUCAAUGGUGUGGACAUGGGCCAGAGGGGGCCAAUAGGGGAAAGUUAGCAAAUUCUUUAAAAUAUUUCUUCUUUAGAAAUGUAGUGUUUUCCCAUACUCACUGCAAUAUCCAGGUGUGUGAUACAGGCCCUCUAGACCUCUUAUUGUAUAAAUAGUUUUUCGAGACAUUUAUUUGCAAACAACUUGAUUUCAUCAUUGUAGACAUAAAUCCAGAAAAGAUAUUGGUUCAAAUAAAAUUUUUUUUAUUUAAAUCAA